AUGAGCUGCUCUGACACACCAAAGAUGGUCUCGGUCUCUCAAAUUUCAGUGAAGAAUGUCAUGCCCAUGCAAACUCAUGUCAUCUACAAGAAGAUCUCUCAUGAUAAAGCUGUUACUAUCUACCUAGGGAAACGAGAUUUCAUUGACCAUGUAGAGGAUGUGGAACCCGUGGAUGGUGUGGUGUUGGUGGAUCCUGAUAUUGUCAAGAAGAAAAACGUGUAUGUGACACUCACUUGUGCUUUUCGGUAUGGACAAGAAGAUAUUGAUAUUAUGGGCCUCACUUUCCGGAAGGACCUCUAUUUCCGCAGGGUACAGGUGUACCCACUACUAGAAAAACAAAGACCACUCUCCAACUUGCAGGAAUGUCUAAUGAAUAAGCUGGGGGGAAAUGCAUAUCCCUUUGUGUUAACUUUUCCCGACUACCUGCCUUGCUCGGUCUGCUUGCAGCCAGCUCCCCAUGAUGUUGGGAAGUGCUGUGGGGUAGAUUUUGAGGUCAAAGCUUUCUCUACGGAAAAUCCUGAAGACAGGGUUCUCAAGAGGAAUUCUGUCCGCUUGCUGAUCCGCAAAAUCCAGCAUGCCCCAGAAGUGGCAGGACCCCAGCCUCAGGCGGAGACCACCUGGCAGUUUUUCCUAUCAAAGAAACCAUUGCAUUUGAAAGCAUGCCUCAGCAAAGAGGUGUUUUACCAUGGUGAGCCAAUCCCUGUCACAGUGACGGUGAUCAACAAUACAGAAAAAGUGGUGAAGAAGGUCAGUGUGUCAGUGGAACAAGUUGCCAAUGUUGUACUGUACUCCAGUGACUUCUACACCAAGACAGUGGCUCUGGAAGAGGCAGAGGAAAAGGUACAGCCCAACUGCAUCCUCACAAAGACAAUUACAAUUCUUCCAUUGCUGGCAAACAAUCGAGUGAAACGGGGUAUUGCAUUGGAUGGGAAGCUAAAGGAUGAAGACACAAACUUGGCUUCCAGUACCAUUAUUAAAAACGGGAUAGACAAGACAGUUCUGGGGAUCCUGGUUGCUUACAAGAUAAAGGUGAAGCUCACUGUCUCAGGCCUGCUAGGAGAUUUCACCUCCAGUGAGGUGAGCAUGGAACUGCCUUUCCGUCUCAUGCACCCCAAGCGAGAGGAGGUUAAUGCCGCAGAGAGAGAGAGGGACCAAGAUGACGUGGUAUUUGAGGAGUUUGCUCGUCAGCAGCUGAAAGCUGAGAACCCUGAAGAGGGCAACAUGGUAGACUUUCCAAAUGAUGAAUGA